UCUCUCACCCUCCCUCUCUCCUUUCUCUUUCUCUCUCUCUCCCUCUCCCUCUCUCUCUCUGCUCCAGCCUCCUUGUUUUCCUGCACAGCCCAGCCUCUUCUGCAAGCAUUACCUUUGCAGUGUCUCCCUGUGCUGCAUUACAGCCUCAUCUGUAUUCACUUAUAACUAAGAAAGGUCUAAGGGAACCCUUGGAGGCAUUUUCUGCAAUCCCCUCGCCUGAUCCCUACGCUUUCUCCCAUUUCUCCACUCUGCGGUUGCUGCUCUUUCUGCAAUGGGGAGUAUGCAUCUGAAGAUCUCUAUGGCUCGCUGAAGAGUAGCCCACCCAUAGCCCCCUCUCUCUCUCUCGCUCUCUCUCGCUCUACGCUGACAGGGGCCUCCUCGGUUAAGGGGAGCGGUGUCUGGGUUCCACCGGUAGAUCCCCCUUUAAAUCCCACCCUCCUUCGCCACCCUAUUCUGCACAUUGCAAGCUGUCAAGCCCCAGAGACGAGCCCUGUGCAGUGCUGGAGCUCCUACACAAACCUGAGGAGUUAUAAUGACCACGGAGGUGGGCUCUGACACUGAACUUACUCCCGGGACCGACGGGCCUGCUCAGGAUGGGGUACAUAAUCCUGCUUUGGUCCCACACGACACCCCGCAAACGCCGGCAAAUAACGUAGACAGGCCGGGAGCCAGCGACGGCUCGCGAAGAUCAGAAAGUGAAGAGAUGUUUGAUUCAGAAGACAGAACAACGCCCUCCCACACUCAACGAUCGCCACAAAAAGUGAAUAGGAAACCGAAGAAUGCACUCUGCAGGGUGACGCUUCUGGACUCCAACCACUAUGAGUGUGAGGUGGAGAAACAUGCGCGGGGCCAGGUCCUGUUUGAUACUGUCUGUGGACACCUCAACCUCUUGGAGAAGGACUAUUUUGGGUUGACAUUCUGUGACACUGACAGCCAGAAGAAUUGGCUGGAUCCUUCCAAAGAGAUAAAAAAACAGAUCAGAAGUAGCCCCUGGUCAUUUGGUUUCACAGUGAAAUUUUACCCUCCUGACCCAGCGCAGCUCACAGAGGACAUUACAAGGUAUUAUCUGUGCCUGCAGCUGCGUGCUGACAUCAUCAGUGGGCGUCUGCCAUGUUCCUUUGUUACACAUGCCCUACUGGGGUCAUAUACCGUACAGGCUGAGCUUGGUGAUUAUGACCCUGAGGAGCAUCAUGAGAAUUACGUGAGUGAGCUCCGGUUCUCACCCAAUCAGACGAGGGAGCUGGAGGAGAGAGUGAUGGAGCUGCACAAGACAUACAGGGGAAUGACGCCAGCUGAAGCAGAAAUACAUUUUCUAGAAAAUGCCAAAAAACUAUCAAUGUAUGGAGUGGAUCUGCACCAUGCUAAGGAUUCUGAAGGUAUCGAUAUAAUGCUAGGCGUCUGUGCCAAUGGGCUUCUGAUAUACAGAGACCGUCUGAGAAUAAACAGAUUCGCCUGGCCCAAAAUCUUAAAGAUUUCUUACAAGAGGAGUAACUUCUAUAUCAAGAUCCGGCCGGGCGAGUAUGAGCAGUUUGAGAGCACCAUCGGGUUCAAGCUACCGAAUCAUCGAGCCGCAAAACGCCUCUGGAAGGUUUGCAUAGAACAUCACACAUUCUUUAGGCUGGUCUCUCCAGAGCCUGCCCCAAAGGGCUUCCUAGUGAUGGGCUCCAAAUUCCGAUACAGCGGGCGUACGCAGGCGCAGACCCAGCAAGCAAGUGCUCUGAUAGACCGGCCGGCUCCUAACUUCAAGAGAUCUGCCAGCAAGCGAUAUACCCUGUCUCAGAGUGCCGAAGGGGGAAUUUCUAAACAGAGUGCUCUGAAUGAGAAUCAUGAAUCCACCCCAGAGAAAAAUCACAAGGCAACUUCAGGAGGAGAAGAAGAAGACGAAGACGAAGAAGAAGAAGAAGGAGGAGGAGAGGAAGAAGUGACCACUCCAACCAAAAUCAAAGAGCUUAAGUCGGAGCAAGAGAGCACUCCCCGGCACAAGGAGUUCCUGGACAAGUCACAAGAUGUCCUACUGAAGCACCAGGCCAGUAUUAAUGAGCUGAAAAGAACCUUGAAACAGCCAAACAGCAAACUUGUUCACAGAGAACGUGGGCGAGAAAAGAGGCUGCCGUCUUCACCUACCUCCUCAUCCCCCAAACUGGAGCAGGAGGCAGAAGGUACCGGGAAAGAAGAGGACGAGACAGAUGCUGGUGCUGCCCAGGAUUCUGAGGUCUUCAUUGAGAAAAGCUUGGCUUCAUCCCCAGAGGGCAUGGAGCAUUGGGUUUUUAUAGAAAGGCCAACAGAAAAGUCUCCUACACCACUUGAAGAGGUUCAAAAAAUGCAGUCUGUCCAGAUUCCUGGACAAGAGUUGUCCUCCAAUAGGGAAGAACACCCCCAGAAAGACCACCCUCACAAGGAUAGGGAGGAACGAGAAAUGGUGCAUCUACCUGAGGAGAAAUCAGUAUCUAUGAUGAAGGGAGUUGAAAGAAGAAAGAGGCUACCACGGAGAGAAGAGCGCCUAGUGAUGGUCACUAGUGAAUGGGAUAUCAUAGAAAGCAAAGCAAGAACAGCACCUGAUGGUGCCCCUGCGGAAGAUGGUAGGGAAUGGGCGCUCAGGUUGGAAAAUGGCAAAGCAACGUCCUGGGGAAAAGGUGAACCAUCAGAUUUGAGAGGGAAAAAUGGAGUGGACAGAGAAGAGACCAGCACAAGAAGGAUAGGGAGAGGAUUCGUGGGAUCAGCAGAAGGACACCAAGAAAUGGGUAGAACGAUUGUUGAGCUUGGGGAAAGCAGACGCGUCAUUUUGUGCGAAGAUGAAGCUGAUGACAGUGCUGAAGAGGGAGAAUGGCACAAUGUGGCCCACUGGGAGGACCAACCAAAAUCUUUGAUAUGGUGUGAGAGUGCAGGAUACCAAAAUAAAAAAGAAAACCUGGAGAACAUGGACAUUUAUGCAUCACCAAACAAACUUGGGAAGCAUUUUGUUGUCUUGGAUGACCAAAAGGAAAAAAGUCAGCUAGAGGAGACAAUGUCAAAACUGUCUAGAGAGUACAUCACUACUGACAUUCUUAUUCCAGAUGAUCAUAAUGAAGAUUUAAUAGAAGAGGAACAUGGUAGGACCAUUAUCAGUACAGAAGAGGCAGGACCUUCGGGUCUGGUAAAUGAACAGUUGUCCUCAACUGUACAAAUGACAACUGAGAGGAGCACGGAGGACUUACCACUGGAAGACUGGGGUCCACCAGUGCUUCAUUUUAUGUUGCCAACCAUUAUUCCACUACCAGUGGCUGCUCCCAGGGAGAGAGUUCACCAAGAAUUAGCCACAGAUAGUAAUCCAACUGAAAGAAUUCUUCUACAGCCAAAUCACAGCCAUCACGAUGCCUAUUAUUAUGAAGGAAAUGCAAGCCCUGCUGAAUCCACAACUGGCACGCCUGGAGACCUCUCCUCUCCAGAUUCGGGCUGUGAAAUAAUGCUCACAGAUGCGGUGAGUCAACCUCUUGAACCAACAUCCUGGGAGGAAAGGGAUAUCCCAUGUGCCCUCAGAGAGGUCUCCCUGCCGGACCAGGGGUAUAGGAAAUCCGGGAUUGUCCAUUUUCAGAGAGUGAGCAGCAGGGAGGCAGAGGAAGGGCGAACAGCAGGUGACGAGGAACAAGGAGCUGGCCUUCUAAAAGAAAAUCAACUAGGCAUUGAGAGGAAGUGUUCAAGCAUAACCGUCAGCUCUACAUCCAGUCUGGAAGCCGAGGUGGACUUCACAGUGAUUGGAGAUUACCACUCCAAUGUAGGCUUCGAGGAUUUCACCCGCAGCCUCCCUGAACUGCAUCGAGACCAGGGUGAUGGGGCCGGUGGCACAGAGAAUAACCUUGCAACAGCUCAGCAGGAAGUACCUGAUGAAGACAAGCAGGAGGAGGGAAUAACAGAGUCACACUGGACAGAGAAACAUGUCAUCAGCAGUGUGAGUACAGUUAGCAGCACAGAUGGGGAGAAAAUCACAAAUAUACAGAUUACUUCCAUGCAAACCACUCAGGUGGAUGAGAAGGAGCCUGUAGUCAGCAGUCAUACUGUCACUUCACAUACUGUACACCCAACACUGGCUGAGGACAGUAGGACAGAAGCAGCUGUCGCAGACACAACACGAGCAGCAGCAUCUGCUGAAAGCUCCCAGGCACUGCAAGCAGAUGUCACUCGCACCCAUCAUGUUUCCCAUACGGCCACCGCAGAAACAUUGUCCUCCUCGACAACCACCCAUGUGACUAAGACUGUAAAGGGUGGAUUCUCUGAGACAAGGAUAGAGAAGAGGAUAGUUAUUACAGGGGAUGAAGAUGUGGAUCAAGAGCAGGCUCUGGCCAUGGCUAUAAAAGAGGCUAAGUUACAACACCCGGAUAUGCUGGUCACGAAAGCAGUGGUGUAUUGUGAGACAGAUCCCUCCCCUGAGGAGCCUGAAGAGAAACAACAGCAAUCUUGACCUUGGAUGUUGGAUGUAAAUUGUCCCUUUCAUCUCCCUCUCUCUGUCCCUCCAUCAAAAAAAUAAAGACUGUCCCUCCCUUCCCCCAAACCUACACCUCAUGCCAGCUGCAAAAUCUCCAAACCGGCAGGGGACAUCCAUGCAAUCAGCAAAUCCAUGGCAGAGAGAGAGAGAGAAACUGGUCAUCCACCCCGGAGCUGAUAUGCCACCUCCUAAGAGUGAAGGAGGCACUGAGACACUCAUUCUUCUGCAUCUCCCCUUUGCUCGCUCCUCUUCUGAGAAGCAUGCCUAGCAAUGCGUGACUGCAUGUGGCAUCAGCAGGGCUAACCGGAUCAGGACCGUUAGGGGAAUUUCAGCUCCGUGUAACCGAACGUCUUCUGAAGUAUAUCCUAAAACUUUGUUUCGGGUACUCCUGCAACAAAGGGGUUAAUGAUCAAAGCCUCCGCCUUCUUUAUAUAGAAAGCUAGUUACGUCUUCUUCUUCUUCUUCAAUAUCUUACAGCCAGAUAAUCACUGAUAUAGAUGCGUAGUGUUGUCUGAACCUGUCCUGUUUAAUCUCAGUCAUAAACUGUUACCUUCCGCCAGGUAGAGUUCCAGCAGGGCUCACCUUCUGAAUUCCUGUCCUGCAGCAUAAGCACUAUGGGAAAACUAAAGUCGGCAAGCGGGUCUGGGCUCUGCCGGCUGAAAGUUCUACGGCAAAAAAAUAAUUAACCCGUUUGUUGCCAGCUGUGGAGCUAGAAGAUGUCCCUGCUAGUUGGGGGGGAUAGGCUGAGCCAUUUGUGUGAAAGGGUUAACUCCGCCCAGGGGGAGGCCUGACCUACUGCAAUGCUGUGCUCUCCCCCUGUCCCUACUCCUCCCUGUGCACCGUGAUCACUGCUCUAUAGCCAAUAAAAAACAAAGUCAGUGUGA